GAGGGGGCAACGUGGUGAAUAGUUAAGUAGUCACGUCAAGAGGGGCCACCAUGUGAAAUUGUGAACACUGUGCAAAACGCUCGCCACUCGCCCCCACCAGCAUCACUCAACUCAACCCCUUCUCCCUCUCAUUCAUUCAACUAGCCUUUUUUACGUCCCAUCACCCAAUCUCUCUUUCAUUUCUCAUCUUCUCUCUCUUAACUCCAACAAGUUUAACCCCUCUUCUCUUCCCCCAUUAAAACCUAUUUCACCAAUCCAACAAGGUGCUGCUCCUGCUUCUGGUUAAGGUUUUGGUUGUUGUUCUUGUUAGUGAUCCUCAUGGACGCUGCAUCGGAGGCUGCGGCGGCGGUGGCGGCUCCACAGGCAGAGGGAUCACCGGCUGCGGCGGCAGCGCCGAGCCGCUACGAGUCGCAGAAACGGCGCGACUGGAACACGUUCUUGCAGUACCUGCGGAACCACAAGCCGCCAUUGACGCUGGCGAGGUGCAGUGGCGCCCACGUGAUCGAGUUCUUGAAGUACCUCGACCAGUUCGGGAAAACCAAGGUGCACAUCGCGGGGUGUCCGUACUUCGGACACCCAAAUCCACCUGCCCCAUGCGCCUGCCCUCUCAAGCAGGCCUGGGGCAGCCUGGACGCUCUAAUCGGACGACUCAGGGCGGCCUUCGAAGAAAACGGAGGUCGUCCUGAGUCCAAUCCGUUUGCGACUCGGGCUGUCCGAAUUUACCUCAAAGAGGUAAGAGAAGGUCAGGCUAAGGCCAGAGGAAUCCCCUAUGAGAAGAAGAAGCGCAAGAGAACUGCUGUAACUACCUCUGUCACCUCUGCCGCCACCGUUAUGUCUACCUUAACUGGUAGUAGUCCUAAUAAUACUAUUACAAACGGUGCUGGCAGUACCACCGGUAACACUACCAACGGAGCUGGUGUUAGUGUACCUUCUGUUGCUGCUACUGCUACACCUAAUGUUACUGCUACUGCCGUAUAGUAUAAUUUUAAUAAUUUUGAUCAUCUUUUCCUAUUUUCCUUUUUAUACUGCUAUUAUCUACUAUCUAUUUUUAUUUUUAAGGAAAUUAAUUGUGGUUACGGUUUAUCUAUAUGUAGUUAUUUAGUUAUGACAAUUUAUCUGAGUUUAAUUCAAAAAUUGAACCCCCAUCAACGAUUUAUCAGAA